UUCUCUCCCACCAAAUACUCGCCUCUGACAAGUAUGGCCCACCUGCAGCUCUCGGCGGUCGCCGGCGGCGGCCGGCCGGCGGCGGCGGGUGGGGGCGGCGACGAGAUGGAGGACGUCCGGCUGCUGGACUCGUACGACGAGGAGAUGGGGGGCGCUGGGCCGGCGGGGGCGGAGGAGGAGGAGGAGGAGGCGCACGUGCGGGUCACCGGAAUGACGUGCUCGGCGUGCACGAGCGCCGUCGAGGGCGCCGUCUCGGCCCGCCGCGGCGUGCGGCGCGUCGCCGUGUCCCUGCUCCAGAACCGCGCCCGCGUCGUGUUCGACCCGGCGCUCGUCAAGGUUGAGGAUAUAAUAGAAGCUAUAGAAGAUGCUGGAUUCGAUGCAGAAAUUCUCCCAGAUUCUGCGAUCUCUCAGCCUAAGGCACAAAAGACUUUGUCAGCACAAUUUAGGAUAGGAGGAAUGACAUGUGCUAAUUGUGUGAACUCAGUUGAGGGGAUUUUGAAAAAGCUACCUGGUGUAAAAGGAGCUGUUGUUGCUUUGGCAACAUCACUAGGGGAAGUUGAGUAUGAUCCUACAGCCAUUAACAAGGAUGAAAUUGUCCAGGCUAUUGAGGAUGCUGGUUUUGAAGCUGCAUUCUUACAGAGCAGUGAGCAAGAUAAGAUUUUGCUAGGUCUGACUGGAUUGCACACAGAGAGGGAUGCUAAUAUAUUACAUGAUAUCCUUAAGAAGAUGGUUGGUUUGCGACAGUUUGAUGUAAACGCUACUGUCUCAGAAGUAGAAGUUGUAUUUGAUCCGGAAGCAGUUGGUCUGAGAUCAAUUGUGGACGCAAUUGAGACAGGAAGCAAUGGAAGAUUGAAAGCUCAUGUGCAGAAUCCAUAUGCACGAGGGGCUUCAAAUGAUGCACAGGAGGCCUCCAAAAUGCUUCAUCUUCUCCGCUCAAGUUUAUUCUUAAGUAUUCCUGUAUUUUUUAUACGCAUGGUCUGCCCUCGUAUACCUUUCAUUAGUGCAAUACUACUAAUGCAUUGUGGACCAUUUCGUAUGGGAGAUUUGCUGAAGUGGAUAUUGGUAAGCAUUGUACAGUUUGUUGUUGGCAAACGGUUCUAUGUUGCGGCUUAUAGGGCCCUGAGACACGGCUCUACAAAUAUGGAUGUGUUAGUUGUUCUCGGCACCACUGCAUCAUAUGUGUACUCUGUUUGUGCACUCAUAUACGGAGCAUUCACUGGAUUUCGGCCUCCCAUAUAUUUUGAGACAAGUGCAAUGAUCAUUACAUUUGUGUUGUUCGGAAAAUAUCUUGAGGUUCUUGCAAAAGGAAAGACUUCAGAUGCUAUCAAGAAGCUUGUAGAAUUGGUCCCUGCUACUGCUCUUUUGCUUCUGAAAGACAAAGAAGGAAAAUACGUCGAGGAGAGAGAGAUUGAUGCACUAUUAGUUCAACCUGGAGACAUCUUAAAAGUGCUUCCUGGUUCAAAAGUUCCUGCUGAUGGUGUUGUCGUGUGGGGAGCAAGCCAUGUCAAUGAAAGUAUGAUAACUGGUGAAUCUGCACCCAUUGCCAAAGAAGUAUCCAGUGCAGUAAUUGGAGGGACAAUGAACUUGCAUGGCGUCCUUCAUAUACAAGCAAACAAAGUAGGAUCUGAGACAGUUCUGAGUCAGAUUAUAUCUCUGGUUGAAACUGCUCAGAUGUCCAAAGCCCCUAUACAGAAAUUUGCUGAUUAUGUGGCUAGCAUUUUCGUUCCGAUUGUCAUCACCUUGUCUAUAAUAACGUUCCUUGUAUGGUUUUUGUGUGGAUGGGUGGGAGCAUAUCCAAAUUCAUGGAUUUCUGGAACUAGCAACUGCUUUGUUUUCUCUCUCAUGUUUGCAAUAGCUGUAGUUGUGAUUGCUUGUCCUUGUGCCCUUGGUCUGGCAACACCUACAGCUGUGAUGGUGGCAACUGGAGUUGGAGCUAAUCAUGGAGUACUUGUAAAGGGUGGAGAUGCCCUGGAGAGGGCUCAAAAUGUAAAUUAUGUGAUUUUUGAUAAAACAGGGACGCUGACACAAGGAAAGGCAGUUGUAACAACAGCGAAGGUUUUCUCAGGAAUGGACCUUGGGGAUUUCCUCACGCUAGUAGCAUCUGCAGAGGCAAGCAGCGAGCAUCCUCUGGCAAAAGCUAUUGUGGAGUAUGCAUUUCAUUUCCAUUUCUUUGGCAAGCUCCCUACAUCUAAAAAUGGAAUUGAGCAAAGAAAAGAAGAGAUAUUAUCUAAGUGGCUCCUUCAAGUUGAAGAUUUCUCUGCCUUGCCAGGCAAAGGGGUUCAAUGCAUGAUUAGUGGGAAGAAAGUUCUGGUUGGUAAUCGUACUUUGAUUACUGAAAAUGGCGUGAACGUUCCUCCAGAAGCUGAAAAUUUCCUGGUAGACCUGGAAAUGAAUGCAAAAACAGGCAUUCUUGUGUCGUACGAUGAUAGUUUUGUGGGUUUAAUGGGGAUAACCGAUCCCCUGAAAAGAGAGGCUGGUGUAGUUGUGGAAGGACUAAAAAAGAUGGGUGUUCAUCCCGUGAUGCUCACAGGUGACAACUGGAGAACAGCAAAAGCCGUCGCAAAGGAGGUAGGCAUCGAGGACGUGAGAGCUGAAGUCAUGCCCGCAGGAAAGGCCGACGUCGUUCGCUCCCUCCAAAAGGACGGGAGCAUCGUCGCCAUGGUCGGGGACGGCAUCAACGACUCCCCCGCGCUGGCGGCCGCCGACGUCGGGAUGGCCAUAGGAGGCGGCACCGACAUCGCCAUCGAGGCCGCGGACUACGUGCUGGUGAGGAACAACCUGGAGGACGUGAUCACGGCGAUCGACCUCUCCCGGAAGACCUUCAGCCGGAUCCGGUGGAACUACUUCUUCGCCAUGGCGUACAACGUGGUGGCCAUCCCGGUCGCCGCCGGCGCGCUGUUCCCGUUCACCCGGCUCCAGAUGCCGCCGUGGCUCGCCGGCGCCUGCAUGGCCUUCUCGUCCGUGAGCGUGGUCUGCUCCUCGCUGCUUCUGAGAAGAUACAGAAAACCAAGGCUGACGACCGUGCUGCAGAUAACCGUAGAGUGACUCUGACAUACUACUACUGUAUGUGUAUACGUACAUAGGUUCCCCUUCCUUCGCCCGUUUCGUCGCAGAAAUGAGAUGAGAAAAGGCCGAUGGCGCCUUCUCU